CCAGUAUCCCCGAUCAUGACCCUCGUUCACUCUCCAACGUCUUUCUUGGUCUCUCCCCCUUCCCAUCCCCAAUCAUUUCCGACUUCCGCCUCGUCCAGAUCUUCCCUCCCUUCUCCAAGUUCACCCUUGGUCAAAUCAAUCCAAGGUCUUCUCGUUCCCACCGAUCGACCUCUCGAAGAGUUGGAAGAGAAAUGGCUCCCUCGACUCGGAAAGCUGAAGGUUGAUCGUGAGGUUGUUCUUCCUGGUUAUUCUUUGUAUCUUUUGCGAUCGUGGUUCUUAUCCCGGACACAUUGGACGCAGACCAUUGUCACCCAAACAGGUAAACCGACCGAACAUAUAACGGCUUAUGUCCUGAUACCGGAUCCCCAACUAUCGGUCAACGUCGGCAAAUUGGAGCUCGAUACGGCCACUCAGUUACUGGCAAGUGAGACGAAAUCUAUACCUCGGAAAACUGAAUAUGGAACUCUUCUCGUCACUACUCCCUCGGCAUUUGGACAAGAUGUUUCCUCCAUCACAGCGGGGGAUCUUCGUGUGGCACGACCAUAUAUCACCCUUGCUACUGGCUUGCGAAGGUUAGGAUGUGGUGGUCGAGCGGCCAUUGGUAUGGAGUUCCCAGUUCCAGCAAUAAGACGGAAGUUUUACGAUUUAUAUCGUGUACCCUUCCCCAGCAGUUCAUCCACUUCCCAAGCUCCAUCACCUACCGGAUCACCCACCACCGCUCAGAGCAGUCCCAAUCCCCUUCACUCAGGGGUACACAUUGAAAAUGAACCUUUUUACCUCUCAGUCAUCGAGCUCAUCAAGCUCAUUCAGGGCGCUUUGGCCAUAUGGGGCUUGUUUGCCACUGAGAGGGACGAUCUGGAGAUGAACGGUCUCUUCUGUGAUGAGACUAAAGCAGGUAUCUUCCGAUGGAGGAGUUUAAUGGGGAUGGACACUGAAGAUUCAUUGAAACUAGAAAAAGAGACAUCCGGAGGGUGUAUCGAUCCCAAAACCUUGUCCGCAUUACUUAGUUCUGUCACUAGCGUUCAUUAUCAGCUGGAUGCACUGGGAGUAGAAAAGAUACCUAAAGAUCCGUUUACUCAUGUCCGGCGAUUCCUCAAUGUAUGGGAAGGGUAUCAGAUUGGUCUUGGUCGAACGAGCAAUAAUCCCCGUUAUUUGAGUGUAUCUGCCAUACGACAUCUCCGCACUCAGUAUCAUAACGAACGUACUCGACCUACAGACGCAUUCAAAGCCCCUCUAAACUUCCUGUCAGGAGUGGCACAUGCAACGUCAUCUCUAUCUGCCAAUCUCAAGGGUCAAGACGAUCUAUCUUUGCGUCGGAGAGAACAUCGCGUCAGAUCUCCAGACGACGAUGAACGCUUGGGAGGCAUGCAACUGAUCGUCCCUGAAGGUCAGGUGGGUCAUUCGGCCCCGCCCGACGUCAUAACCACGGACCUCGAGGCGUACACGCGGUCUCUGAUCAAGACGAAAGAAAAAGAUUGGGGAUUGCUCGGAGCCCGGCGGAUAGCAGAAUUGUGGAACGGGAGCUUCACGGAACACGAUCAUAAGAAACGGAACGGUUUCGAUAGGGUGUUUCGACAGCGACAAGCCAGUAAGCUUAUUUCUGACGACGACGGGGAGACGAGCGGUGGAGGGACCAGAGGUGCGCUGAAGGGUUUGUCGAAUAGGACAGGCCAGGCGAUCAAGGAAAGUCUGAGUUUAGUUGGUAGGAGAGGUGGUGAAACUUCUGACUCGGAGCCGGGAGGUGGUGGUUCUUCCAGUAUGCGACACGUUUUAUCAAAAUCGAGACAGAGUACUGUACCCACGGUCAUCGAACCUCGAUCACCCAGCCCCUUCAUCGCGAGACGUAGUACCCUCGAUCUCCCCAAUGGCUCUCUCCGACCUUCAUUCCAAAACGGAACAUCACGAGCAGGAUCAAAACGUCCCAGUCUCAGUACGGCUUUGUCAAACGACGGAUCUGACAUGAUGAGCAGGAGAAGUUAUGCUACCAUGGCGACGGACGGACGGAGUCCUGAUGAGAGAUGGGAUAUGGAAAGGGCCAAAGUCUUGGGACUCUCGCGGAGUUUAUCGAGCAGAGCGGCUUUUCACGCUCGGGGUAGAGCUUUACACAGAACGGCGAGUGAUGGGGCUGAUGUGAAAGUGGGAAAGGACGGGAAUGAGUGGGAAGUUGUUAAUCCACAUGGAAGGGGAAAGAGAGAGAUGAUUUCUGUAGAGGAUGGCGAGGUCGCGAGGUUGAAACGACGUGCAUCCUUGCAGAAUAUGUCGGAUUAUGCCACAGUCAGACUAUCCCCACCUGAACACUUGGAUAUAGAUGUGCAAUUAUGUGGGACUGUGCUUGAAUUACGACAACGUGAGAGGCUCUUGUCUAGAAAAGCGAAGGAGAUCAAGGCGCUGGAAGAGACAGUCUUUGCCGCAUCACAAGACGUCAUCUCCGCCAUUCAAUCCCGGCGACAGACCCUGAUCACUCUAAAGGCGCAAUAUGACCAAUUCCAACAGGCCUUACGUCAAACGUUAGAGGGAGUGGAUGAAGAUGCCCAGUUACAAUGGGCCAGUAAAAAGAUUCAAUUCUACUUGAGCGAGGAUACGAACAAUUACGAGGUCAUGUGGAACCUCUACGCCUUGGAAAGAGAUUGGGAAAAGGCGCGGACAGAAACGAAUGGAAGGCGACGAGUAGAGAAUGGGAAUCAGGUGAAAGAUACUUCGGAGGAGACGAAGAAGAGGUAUGUUAUCAAUGAAGAAACGCCGAUAUUGAAUAUGAACGGAGGUUUGGAUAUUUCACAGGUCAAGGAGAAGGGAAAGAGUUGGUGGAGAUUCGGUUGGUAAUGUUGUAGCUAUAUUCUUUGCAUUUUGUCAGGAUUGUUG